AUGAACCUUCCCGUCCACCUGCUCACUGUCGCUCACCUGAUCACCGUCGCCGCGUGCGUGGAGCGGAGACUGCUGGAGGUUCGGUCCGGACGGCGGACCUGCAGGCUCUUCUGCCGGGUCGGGAUCGGUUUCCACCUCCAGAUCCACUCGGAUGGACGCGUGAACGGGAGCCACGAACCGAACCUGCUGAGUGUCCUGGAGCUGAUCGCCUUCUCUCCUGGAGUCAUCGCCAUCCGAGGAGUCCACAGCAACAAGUUCCUGUCCAUGAACCGACGAGGACGCCUACAGGCCACGGGCCGCUUCUCGGACGACUGUAAGUUCCGUGAGCGUUUCCAGGAGAAUGGCUACAACACAUAUGCCUCAGUGCUUCACCAGAACCAGCGGACGGGUCGAGAGUGGUUUCUGGCCCUCAACAAGCGAGGAAAAGCCAAGAUGGGUUCCAGCCCACGGGUCAAACCUCAGCACGUCUCCACCCACUUCCUCCCGCGACUCGCCAACCGUGACGAGCUGCAGCGCGGCUUCGCUGUCGCCGACCAGAGGCGUGACCGACCUCGGGUUGAGGUCCGUGUCAGCUCACCGCCCAAGCGGACUGUCAAGUACUGGCCCAAGUACCGCUUCGGAUAG